AUGGCUGGAGAAGGUGGAGGAAGAAGCUUAACUGAAACACCUACUUGGGCUGUUGCAGUUGUUUGCUUUGUUAUACUUUUAAUAUCUAUCAUCAUUGAACACAUCUUCCACUUCAUCGGAAAUUGGUUGAAGAAGAAACACAAAAGCGCUUUACAUGAGUCACUUGAAAAAAUCAAAUCAGAGUUAAUGUUACUAGGGUUCAUAUCAUUGCUACUAACGGUAGGACAAGGUUUAAUAUCGGAGAUAUGUAUAUCCGAAAAGGUUGCGGCCACAUGGCAUCCUUGUAGCAACAAUGCACCUAAAAUGGGAGAUUCCGAUGACGAAUCCGGUGGCCACCGGAGAUUACUAGCGGAUCCGCGAAGGAUAUUGGCCGGUGGAGGAAUUGAUAAAUGUGCAGAAAAUGGAAAAGUAGCAUUUGUUUCGGCUGACGGAAUUCAUCAGCUUCAUAUAUUCAUCUUUGUUUUGGCUGUUUUUCAUGUUCUUUAUUGCAUACUUACUCUGGCUCUUGGCAGAGCAAAGAUGAGAAGAUGGAAAAGAUGGGAAGAGGAAACCAAGACACUUGAGUACCAAUUUUCACAUGAUCCUGAGAGGUUUAGAUUUGCUAAUGAGACUUCAUUUGGAAGAAGACACUUGAGUUUUUGGACUAAAAAUCCUGUACUCAUUUGGAUUGUAUGUUUCUUCAGGCAAUUUGUAAGGUCAGUUCCUGAAGUGGAUUACUUAACCUUAAGACAUGGAUUUAUAAUGGCACAUUUGGCACCUUCAAGUCACCAAAAAUUUGACUUUAGACAGUAUAUCAAAAGAUGUUUGGAAGAAGAUUUUAAAGUUGUAGUAGAAAUCAGUCCUUCACUUUGGUUUAUUGCAGUGUUCUUCCUCCUAUUCCAUACUCAUGGGUGGUACUCUUAUUUAUGGCUACCAUUUGUUCCUUUAAUUAUUGUUCUAUUGGUUGGAACAAAGUUGCAAGUGAUCAUAACUCAAAUGGGUCUAAGAAUUCAAAAACAAGGAAGGGUGGUAAAGGGUGAGCCAGUGGUGCAACCUGGGGAUGAUCUCUUUUGGUUUAACAAACCUAGACUUAUUCUUUACCUUAUUAAUUUUGUACUCUUUCAGAAUGCCUUUCAGCUUGCUUUCUUUUCAUGGACUGCAUUUCAAUUUGGAUUGAAAUCGUGUUACAAUUCUCGAUCAGAGGAUGUGGUCAUUAGAAUUUUCAUGGGGAUAUUCGUCCAAAUUCUUUGCAGCUAUGUGACUCUUCCUCUCUAUGCUCUCGUCACACAAAUGGGUUCAACUAUGAAGCCAGCAAUAUUCAAUGAGAGAGUAGCCACAGCUCUAAAGCAUUGGCACAACAACGCAAAGAAGCACAUAAGGCAGAACCGUGGAUCGGGCUUUCAAAGCCCAAUGACAAGCAGGCCCAUAACUCCGGCCCAUUCCAUGUCCCCGGCGCACAUCCUUCGUCAUUGCCGCAGCGAAAUUGACUUAUCUUCGACAAGAUACGACUUUGAGCUGUAUCCUCCGUAUGAGUCUUAUUCACCCUCGCCUUCCAAAUCUAGGCACCCCAAGGUGGAGGUUAAUAGUGCUUCUUCGGGCUCAGUUAUUGUUCAUGACAUGGAAAUGGGUUAUCUGGCCCGUGAUGAACAACAAGAGAUUGUUGAACUCAAUUGUGUUUCUGUGGGCUUGGGCCGGCCUCAGCUUGUGGUUGAUGUCCAACAUAGUGACGAGUUUUCGUUUUCGAAAAUGGCGACAAAUCAAUUAGAAUGA